AUGCACAGCCUCCUGUGCGUGUCUAGCAGAGCCCUGCGCGAUCCUGAGACCCCGUGGGCCUGGACGCAGCCUCAGUUUGUGAACCACCCUCAGAUGUCAGCCCUGAUUAGUAAGCCCGAUGCAAGCAUGCUUCGCCACAUGACCAAUUUGAAGGUGGAGGAACACAAGUUUCCCAGGGAAUGCCGGAAGAUCCUGCUGUUUUUUGGCAAGAACUCCUACUUCCAGAAUGAAGUCGUUACGAAGGAUUAUGUCCUAGGCCUUGAUGGGUAUAGGGCGUCUCAUUCCAGUCCCAUCCAGUGGCACCCAAGGUACAGACAGGAGGCCUACAGACGCAGGCAUGACAACAGCAGCCUCAACUUCUUCAACUGGUUCUCUGACCACAGCUUUGCCGGCUCUAGCAGGAUUGCUGAGGUGGGGCCCUGUAACAAGGAAGGGAGGUGA